AUCCCUGGACUCAAAUCCCAGGGGUUUGCUAAGGUUUCCAAGCUGCUCUCUUCCAUCCUGAGCUGUACCCUGGCUCCUCCAGCUUUGGCCUGUGGGGACUAGCUCUGUCUACCCCACCCCAUCUCACACAGGAGGGAACUGGUCCAGGUUGGUGAAUGGGGAGCUUGGAGAGGUGGGGUGGGUAACCAGCCCUGGAGUCAAUCAGGAUGGAGUGAGCCAGGAUUUGGAGACAAAUGACACCAACACCAAGGGACUCCCAGCAUCUGGCCUGAAGAAUUUUCCCCAUCUCACUACACGUAGCGGAUUUUGGACUCAGAGAAGACAUCUCCCGGCUCCCUUGCCUGAGUGUUGGCAUGACACUCCAACCCCUUCUCCAGGAGAUGCAGUCCCUGGGAGCCCUGCUGGCUGGCAGAGCCAUGCUUCACAACUCCAGCCACAGGGAGGGCAUGCUCCAUGUGGCUCAGCUUUAUUUUGCAAAACUUUACAAGGUCUCCUGUGCAGAAGCCCCUAUGGGGACCAGCAUGUAUCAAUUUGCUCUCAUGGUCCAAACAUGGUGGGAGACACAGGACACACUGUGAUGCUGCCAUAGACAGAGGAGGCACAGCAGGAGCCAGAAAAGGGAGAGACUGGGAGAGAUCAAGGAAGCCUUCCCAGAGUAGGCGAUACCUGCCAGUUGGAGAAGAGCAAGAGCAGACGUCUGGACACCAGAGAGGAGAACACCCCCCCACACCCCAGGAAGGGCUAGGUGUCUAACAGUGGUGAGCAGAGAGGAGGAAGCUGUUGGAGACGAGGGUGGGAUAAUGAGCCAAUCUUGAUGCUGUGGUGUGAAUUUUUGAUUCUGUGAAGUGGGGACACUUGGUUCAAACCUUUCUGGCAGCAAAGUCUAAGUGACCGCUACUUGGGGCCCUGGCCUUGUUUUCAUGCUCUUGAUCCUAUUUGUCCUUUUCUCUACAGAUAAGACCCGGAGGGUGCAGGACAGGAACAGGGAAGAGGUAUGGGUAGGGGGAGCUCUGGCCCCCAAUACCUCCUCCCCAUUCCCCCCUGAGCCUCCAGGGGCCUCAGGCAGCAUUAUCCCUGUCUACUGUGCCCUCCUGGCCACGGUGGUCCUUGGUCUGCUCGCCUACGUGGCCUUCAAGUGCUGGCGCUCACAUAAACAAAGACAGCAGCUGGCCAAAGCUCGGACUGCAGAGCUGGGGGCCCUCGACAGGGACCAGAGGCAUGGGGACAGCGUUGUCUUCCUGGACAAUCCCCAGCUGCCCGGGAGCCAGGGGCCACAUCCUGAACUUGGCUGCCGGCUCUACCUUCAUCUCUCUCGGCAGCAGCAAGAGGAAGUGGAACGGCUCCUGGAAGUGUCCGGCGAACCUGACAAGGGCUGGCAGGGCCUGGCCAGCCGCCUGGGCUACCAUGCGGACGCUGUGGAGAUCAUGGCCCAGGGCCAGGUGCCAGCCCACACCCUACUGAGGGACUGGGCUGUCAAAGAAGGCAGUGGGGCCACCCUCAGGGUGCUGGAGGACGCCCUGGCCGCCCUGGGCCGUGAAGAUGUGGUCCGGCUUCUGAGCUCCCCAGCUGAGGGCUGCUCUGUGGUGUGAGCGAUGUCACCACAGCCUGGCCUCUCAGGGAACCUGCUUUGGUGCUUCCCCCCUACUCCACAUAUGCUUUUCCUUCCUUGAGCUUCCUGGCAUUGGUGGCUUCAGCCUGCUCUGGUAGGAGGGAACAGAGAAGACCCGGCCACCAUUCACCUCCCCUUGUCCUACCUUCCUCCAGGACAGGACCAGGACAUGGGGGAUUUAGCCGGGAGGAGUGGCCCUGCCCUCAUCCUCCCCAUUCCAUCUCCUCUUAUUCAGCCUCAGCUGGUUUUUCUACUUUUGUAUCUCCUAUUAAAGGCAACUUUGGACUAC